AGCUGAGAAGGAGCCAUGACAUUUGGUGGUGAAGAGCGCAUCAGUCACUUAAGAGAGCAGUUUCAGUUGCGUGAUGAGGAUGGAAGUCAGAUGACGGAGCGUUUAGAAGAGAAGGAGGGGAGAGGAAGUGGGGGCGCUCUGUACAUGGAGGGAAGAAAGCGAUGGAGGAUGAGACCAGACAACUUACAGAAGAACUGGCUUCGCGAAUUUUACCAGAUUGUGCACACGCACAAGCCGCACUUCAUGGCCCUGCACUGCCAGGAGUUUGGCGGGAAGAACUAUGAGGCAUCCAUGUCCCACGUCGACAAAUUUGUCAAAGAACUCCUCUCCAGUGAUGCCAUGAAGGAGUAUAACCGGGCGCGUGUGUACCUGGAUGAGAACUACAAAUCUCAGGAGCAUUUCACGGCGCUGGGAAGCUUCUAUUUCCUUCAUGAAUCCUUAAAGAACAUCUACCAGUUUGACUUUAAAGCAAAGAAAUAUAAAAAAGUCACCGGCAAAGAAAUCUACUCAGACACAUUAGAGAGCACGCCCAUGCUGGAGAAGGAAAAAUUUCCCCAGGAGUAUUUCCCAGAGUGCAAAUGGUCCAGGAAAGGCUUCCUUCGGACGAGGUGGUGCAUCUCUGACUGCUCCUUCGACCUGGUGAACAUUCACCUUUUCCACGAUGCUUCCAAUCUAAUUGCCUGGGAAACAAGCCCGUCAGUUUAUUCCGGAAUUCGGCACAAGGCCCUCGGUUACGUGCUUGACCGGAUCAUUGACCAGAGGUUCGAGAAGGUGUCGUACUUUGUCUUCGGAGAUUUCAACUUCCGGCUGGACUCCCGAUCCGUGGUGGAGACACUUUGCACAAAAGCCACGAUGCAGACCAUCCGGGCAGCUGAUACGAACGAGGUCGUGAAGUUAAUAUUCCGUGAAUCUGAUAAUGACCGGAAGGUCAUGCUGCAGUUAGAGAAGAAGUUAUUUGAUUAUUUCAAUCAAGAAGUGUUCCAAGACAACAAUGGGACAGCGCUCUUGGAAUUCGACAAAGAGCUGUCUGUCUUUAAAGACAAGUUGUAUGAACUGGACAUCUCAUUUCCUCCUAGUUACCCAUACAGUGAAGACUCGAGCCAAGGAAAGCAGUACAUGAAUACCCGCUGUCCCGCGUGGUGCGACCGCAUCCUCAUGUCCCCAUCAGCUAAGGAGCUCAUCCUGAGAUCUGAAAAUGAUGAGAAGAUUGUGACCUAUGACAACAUUGGACCCAAUGUCUGCAUGGGAGAUCACAAGCCGGUGUUCCUGUCCUUCCGCAUCGCUCCCGGGGCAGGUAAACCCAGUGCUCAUUUGCACAAGUGUUGUGUCGUGCAGUGACGUGUUGGGAGAAGAUGCCAGCGAAGCGAGAAGAUCUUUCGGGAGACUGCUUUGUAGCCUGCCUGGAGGAGGAGGAGGAGAAGCAGUGUGCUGAAACCCAUUCUAUUUAACAACUUAUUGAUAAACCAGUCCUGAGUGCCACAUUUGUAGACUGCUGACCACACGCUGCUUCUGCACCAGGACGCUGUUCAAGGAGAGCCUCACAUACCUCACUGUCUUGUAUGUUCCUGUGACGCCAAGUAGAAAUGUGGAAUUUUUUAAUAAGUCACAGUCCUGUUGCCAAAACGCUAAUAGACAGCAGAAGUAGUCUGCCUUUUAGGUUUCACCGUUUUCAACUCUUAAACGAUUGUUGGCCAAUGGUGAGACGCUCCUUCUGCCUCCCGAGAGCCCAGGGGGCGCAGCCGCCAGGCCUGGCGCGUCCACCGGACUGUGUAGAUACAUAGCAAUACUUAGCGAUGGCGCUGUCUCGCCACGGGCUUAGGGUAGCUCAUCCUUGUUGACUCAUUGGUGAUUUUUACUGAUAGGCCUUGUGUUUCCCCAGUUCCAUGUUAUUUACUCUACUGCCAUGGUCCAUGGUUUUUUGAAUCACACUGCAGCUGCUUUCCAUAUGUGUGUGUAUAUAUAUAUAUAUAUAUAUAUAUAUAUGUAUAUAU